AUGUGGAUCCGGAAACUGCACCGAACGCUCACAGCGCUCUUCUUCCCCCUUCUACCCUGGCUGCCCAUCGCGUACGUCGGCAUCCGGGGCCUGAAGUCCCUCGUGCCCGCCGGAAGCUCGCACUCGGCCUCGAACGAGCUGCUGUUUCAGCUUGCGCCGGCGGACAGUCCGUUGCGCUCGUAUACGGUGCCGCUGACGGCGGGCGUCGUGCCCAAGCGCUUUCAUUCGCACAACGACUAUGUGCAGAGCGUGCCCUUGUUAAAAGCGCUCAGCUACGGGGCGGCGAGCAUCGAGGCGGAUAUAUGGCUGGUGGACGACGAGCUAUACAUCGCGCAUGACUACUCGGACAUCACGCCGGGCAAGACGCUCAAUUCCCUCUACCUCGACCCGCUCGUCGCCAUACUCGAGGCCGCGAACGCGCCGGAUAAGCACACCGGAUCCGCCUGGAGAGGGGUUUUCGAGACUGCGCCGUCGUUGAGCCUUCACCUCCUGAUCGACAUCAAGACGGAUGGCCCCAGCACCUUUAACAAGCUAUACGAAGUCCUCGAACCCCUCCGCGCCGCGGGCUACCUCUCCACCUGGACCACCCCCUCCUCCUCCCUCACCCCGGGCCCGAUCACCGUCAUCGGCACCGGCAACACCCCGCUCGCCUCCGUCCAGUCCCUCGGGCAAACCAAAGAAAGACCGCGCACGAUCUUCCUCGACGCCGUGCUGGACCUGAUCCCGGACGACAGCCUCGGGGUGCUGGACAAGACGGUGUGCCCGCUCGCGAGCUCCGAUUUCCAGAAGAGCGUCGGCGCGAGCUGGACGGUGCCGCUGAUCGGGCGGCGAAAGAUAAAAACGCUCGUCGACGCCGCGCACGAGCGGGGGAUACAGGCCAGGUUCUGGCACACGCCGACGUUGAAGGUCGCUGGCAGAAACACCGUUUGGCAGAUGCUGCUGGAUGAAGGCGUCGACUGGCUGAAUGUGGACGAUCUGCCAGCGGCGCAGAGGUUUUGAGAUUCGCAUGGUGACCUGCCGUCUUGAGAUGCGAUGCGAAUGGAGAGCUGUCUCCAGCCAUCGACGUUUUACCUAUGCUUACGUGCAUGCCCUUCGAUAACGAGAUGUUUUUGGAAUCC